AUGAAGACAACGACAAUGCUCUUGUGUCUCAUCACGAUGCUCCUAAUAGCCUCCGCGUAUUCCGACGAACAGGCGGGUAUGCGUAUCGGCAUGGCGCACCGUGACACACUCUCACCGAAGCCAACACCUUUCCAUCGCAUUGAAGACAUUAUGGGCAUGGACCAAAAGCGUCACGGCCUCAUUUCUCAGAAAAUAAAAUCAAAGAAAGGUGGAGCGAAAAUGUCGCUGGGAUCAGGUUUCGACUUCGGAGCGGCGCAGUAUUUCUCGGAGAUUAUGGUUGGAACGCCGGCGAAGAAGUUCAGGGUGGUGGUGGACACAGGGAGCGAGCUGACAUGGGUGAAUUGUAGGUUCCAUGGGCAAGGAAAGGAGACGCGUGAAGUCUUUAGAGCAGAGGAGUCGUCUAGUUUCAGAAAAGUUGGAUGCAAGACUAAGACUUGUACCGAUGAUUUGUCGAGAUUAUUCUCCCUCGCCAUUUGCCCUACCCCUAGAACUCCAUGCUCAUACGAUUACAGAUACGCUGACGGGUCAGUAGCACAAGGUGUAUUCGCUAAGGAGACAUUCACAGUCGGCCUCACCAAUGGUAGUGUAGCUACUAUCCGUGGCCUCCUCAUUGGCUGCAGCAGCUACUCAAAUGGUGGUGGCUUCCGUCAAGCCGAUGGUGUCCUUGGCCUAGCCUUUAGCGAUUACUCCUUCACUUCAAAAGCCACUAACAUCUUCGGAGGCAAAUUCUCAUACUGCCUCGUUGACCAUACUUCCAACAAAAACAUCUCCAACUAUCUCAUCUUCGGCUCUGUCCCUUCCUCAACCACCACGUCCCCUGCCAGACUAACCGCCCAGCUUGACCUCAAUGUCCUUCCUCCCUUCUACGCAAUCAACAUCGUUGGAAUCUCCAUCGGUGAUACCAUGCUCAACAUCCCUCCCCAAGUAUGGGACGUGAACAAAAGUGGUGGAACCAUCUUGGACUCAGGGAGCAGCCUCACGUUCUUGGCUGACGUGGCGUACAAGGCUGUUGUGUCAGGGCUAGAGCGUCACCUUGUUGGUGUGAAAAGAGUCAAACCAGAAGGUUUACCGAUAGAGUAUUGUUAUGAUACGAGCAAGUUCGACGAAAAAAAGCUGCCGCAGUUGUCGUUUCACUUCAAGGGUGGUACUCGUUUCGCGCCUUAUCGUAGAAGCUACUUGAUAGAUGCUGAGCCGGGAGUCAGGUGUUUAGGGUUUGUGUCGGCCGGAACUCCGGCGACUAAUGUCAUCGGGAAUAUAAUGCAGCAGAAUCAUUUGUGGGAGUUUGAUCUUGUGGCCUCGACCUUGUCUUUUUCUCCUUCUACGUGCCUUUAG